GUCCCUAAAACCAUUCCGCUCCUCUCCCGAUUCCCCUUGCGACUAUUCGCCGCCGUCGUGGUCUCCGACCUUCCAACUUCGACCGCCCAGACAAGAGUUGUACCAUGAAGAAAUGUAUGAUGAGAUGGGGUGACGAUGAUGAUGAUGAUGAAGAAGACUCAUCCGAGGAAUCAUCGUCUUCUGACUCUAACGCUGAUACUACAGAGACUGGGAAGAAGAGAAAGAGCAAGAAGACAAUAGCGAGGUUUGCGAAGAAGGAGAAGAAAGCUUUUGACUAUGAAUCUCUGCAGCAGCAUGGUUACAAAGCCGUUGGUCUUCCAGAUUUGCCUCCUCCUGUGGAGAAAGCGGAUUGGUCAUGGGCUACGGGGAAGGAUAAACAAAGACCAGAGGAAGUGAAAGAGAGUUUUCGAGAACGAGAAGCUACUAGAGCUGCGGUUGCAGGUGGGGAGACCAUUGCGAACGCGCAGCUGAGGAGUGAUAGGAAGAGUCUUUCUUUUUCGCAGAAGGAGAAGAAGAAGAGAGAUUUGGGGCAAGCGAGUAGAGGGAAGAACUACGUUGAGGAAGAGAAGAGGCAGUUGAGAGAGAGCGGUGUUUACUCUGGCUUUGAUUCUUAGAAAAAGACUCAUCUUCCAGGUAACAUGUUUGUAGUUUGGUGUGUAUGUGAAGAAACAAGAGCUUGAUUACACUGUUAGCUACAAAAUUUAAAUGGAGAAUCAUCAGAUACUUGCUUUGUUUUAUUUGAAAAUCUCAACUUUGAGGUUACAUCUUUGUGUUUGA